AUGGAGUCUCCCCUGCAGCUGCUGCUGCUGGCCUUGCUGACUGAGGCCACCAAAGCCAAGGUGUUCAGCCAGUGCAAGCUGUCUCACAUGCUCCAGAAAGAGGACACUACGGGGGCUACAGCCUCGCCAACUCUGUGGCACAGACUGAGUGCCUUCUGCUCCUGCCCAGGACUCUGCAUGGCCUUUUAUGAGAUCACCUUCAACACAGCAGCUCAGAGCAUCAAAGCAAAUGGCAGUGCCAACUAUGACGUCUUCAAGAUCAGCAGCCAGCUGUGGUGCACUGAUGAUCACAGCCCCUUGGAUAACGGCUGCAGGGUGGCUUGCAGGGAUAUGCUAUCGAGUAACAUAACUGAUGACAUCAUCUGUGCCAAAAGAAUUGUGAGAAACCCAUAAGGAAUGAAUGCCUGGUAA